AUGGUAGAACUUGAAGAGCAAGGUCCUGCCAUGACAGCUCUCGGCUCUCUCUUGAAGCUCACCGAAGUCUUUCUCUGGGACGAUGGUUCGAAGGAGACGAAAGACAGGUCCUUUUCCAUGGGACAAACUAAACCAGCUCGUGAUGGUAGUGGUGAAGGCUCAAACCUUCUGGAUUCAGAGUGUGGAACUUUGCCAGAGGAUACGGAGCUUACUAAACAGAUGAAUGCAUUGGGGCUUCCAGUCUCAUUCCUCACAAAUAAGGAAAAAAGGAACAGAAAGGCGGAAGGCAAAAGAAAGGGUAUGCGCUUGAAGCAUCCAGUCACUUCUCAAGGAUAUGGGGUGGAAGCACUGGAGUCCUCCAAAUGCCUCUCUGUUGAAGGAGAUAAUCCAGCAAGUUCAACUGAGAUUACUAGCCAUGCUUCCAAGGAAAAUAAUCGUGAUGGAAUAUUGGGUGUUGUUUGUAAUGAUGGCCAGGAUUGUGAUUCUUUGCACAGAAGUGCUGUGGUCAAUGACACAAUGAAAAUUUCAGCGAGCACUACUGAUUUAAAUGAUGGAAUUUUCUCAGGAAGCUGCUCAACAGAUGCUGCUAUUAGCCAAGAACCAGGUGAAAGAUUAAUGGAGCAUGAUCACUUAGAGUGUUCAUUGAUGACUUUGCAUGAAGCAGAAGGUGCCAAGAUUUGCGAGGAUUAUGUCCCCGAGAAACCAUGUGUUUCUGAAUCAGUUUCAUAUUCCACAUGUUCAGAAGUGCUUGACCAUGAUGGAACUGACAGCCAGGACAACGGUGAUGUUGGAGACUGGAUGGUAUAUUGGGAUUCUUACUACAUGAGAAAUUACUUCUAUAAUAUCAGAACACAUACUUCGACAUGGCACCCACCCCAAGGCAUGGAACAUUUAGCAACUGUUGACACUACAUAUAAGUCAAAUGAAAUGACUGCUCAAGUAAUUGAUAUGAAUGUUACAACUGAUUUAGAGACAACAGAUUUAUGUGGUUUGAGUAAAACUGAAUCAUUUGAAGAAGCAAUCAGUGAUGAUGUUUCACAGGGUCAGCCAUAUUGUGAGCUCACGGGGGGCCUUGAACUCACUGUUGACAAUUCUAUGUCCAAUACAACUUUGCCAACUGUCAGUCUAAGCAGAUGUCUGGAACAUUCAGUUGAACUUAAUGAAAGCAAUAACACCGGUAAUGAUGGAAACGCAUCAUACUUGUCAUCAAAUGUCCAGGACCUUGCUAGUUUCAGAAACAAAACCAAGCAGUUGGUUGCCGAUGAGGUCUACAAAAAUGAUUUGGAACCAAUUCUUGCAGAAAAAACUGAUGAACCAAAUACUAUUGAUCUCUAUAAUGAACCUAGUAAAAUUAACUCUUGUGAGGAAACUCUUGAAGAUUUUGAAGGUGAUGACGCCUUUCAAAUAUUAGAUAUGAGCAGCUUGUCCAAUACAUGCACUGAAGAAGUUUCUGAAGAUUUUAAUAUGCAUUCAGGAACUGGAGUUCCUGCAAUAAAUGAGAUGGAAAUGCAUCAUGACCUUUCUAUAGUAAAACGGAAAAAGAAAGUGAGAAGAAUGAAAAGUCAGAGGAAAUUAUCUAAUGAGAAUGAAGAACUUCUAUUUCAAGGGUUAUUCAAAGAGUUUUCUGCUGAUAUUGGCAAAUAUUGGUGUCAGAGAUACCUAUUAUUCUCCAGAUACGAUGAUGGUAUAAAAAUGGACGAGGAAGGAUGGUUCUCUGUCACUCCAGAGCUUCUAGCUAGGCAUCAUGCACAACGUUGUGGUAGUGGCAUCAUCAUUGACUGUUUUACUGGAGUUGGUGGGAAUUCCAUCCAAUUUGCACAUAUAAGCAAACAUGUGAUAGCAAUUGAUAUUGAUCCAAAGAAGAUUGAUUAUGCGCACCAUAAUGCUGCCAUCUAUGGGGUUGAUGACAGGAUAGAUUUCAUAAAAGGGGACUUUUUCGAAUUGGCACCAAAGCUGAAGGCAGACACAGUCUUUUUGUCACCUCCAUGGGGAGGACCUGAUUAUGCAAAAGUAAAGACAUAUGACCUUAGGAUGCUUAAGCCACAUGAUGGAUAUUUUCUCUUUAACACUGCAAAAGAAGUUGCUUCUAGGAUUGUCAUGUUUCUUCCGAGAAAUGUUGAUCUCAACCAAUUAGCAGAGUUGGCUUUAUCAGGGAGUCGACCAUGGUCAUUAGAGGUCGAGAAAAUUUUUUUAACUGGCAAGUUGAAGGGAAUAACUGCUUACUUCAGUGACAUGACUGGGAGACAAUGA